AUGAAGGGCAUCCUCCUUACCUGUAUCAUCGCAGCACUUGUGGUAACAGCUGUAGAAUCCCUGAGUUGUGUGCAGUGUAAUUCAUUGACAAACUCCUGUGUCAACAGCAACAUCACUGAGUGUCCCUCAGAUGCCAAUGUCAGUUGUACCAGUUUUGUGGCUAACUCUUCUCUAGUGGGAGCCAUCACAUUAUACCAGGAUAAUGCCUGCUCUGCAGAGAACUGCAGGGAAGGGAGAAGCAUUGUUGAUGGUUUCACUGUCCACGUGUCUGAUGAAGAACGCUUCCAUUUUACAAGCCAGUGUUGCCAAGGGAAGGAGUGCAAUGACAUCAGUGAUGCUCUGGCUCCUCUACCAGAAGAUGUGUCCAACACAGAGUGUCUUGCGUGUUAUGGAUCUAAUGAAAGUUCCUGUAGUGUGAAACCCAGGAAAUGUUAUAAAGAAGAAUGGUGUGUCAAUCUAGUUGCAGAAUUUACAACUGAGUCUAAGACGCUUGUAUUGAAAGGCUGUUCCAACAUCAGUAACGCGACCUGUCAGUUCUUGUCUGCUCAGAACCGGACUGUUGGAGGAGUCAUCUUCCGAAAGUUUGAGUGUGUAGACGGUGUUAACACCUCCUCAACUGCCGUUCCCAAUGCGACCUUGACUACCCCUCCUGUUGGCAGUUCCUCAACACCCAUCUCCAAUGAGCCCACCACCCCGGACACGGGCUCCAAAGUCUCUUUCACCCCUGCAGCCUUUGCCAGCCUCCUUCUGCUGGGGCUGCUACUCUGA